AUGAUCCACAGAGGUUUUAUAUUCAUUAAUAUUUCAUCGAGCCGUGAAAAACAAACUGGAGUCAGAACCGAGGAGCGUGGCGAGUGGGGCAGCAAAAAGGAGUUCAUCCUGUCAGUGGCUGGUGCGAUUAUUGGACUUGGAAAUGUGUGGAGAUUCCCGUAUCUGUGCUACAAGAAUGGUGGUGGCGCAUUCUUCAUUCCUUACAUCCUGUUCCUGGCGGUCUGUGGCAUUCCUCUGUUUGUACUGGAGACCGCACUGGGCCAGUUCACCAGUCAGGGAGGAAUCAUGUGCUGGAGGAAGGUCUGCCCCUUGUUUGAAGGCAUGGGAUACGCCAGCCAAUUGAUCAUUUUCUAUGGAAGUAUCACCUACAUUGUGAUCUUAGCCUGGGCUCUCCUUUUCUUUUUCUCUUCCUUCUCUGGCGAGCUGCCAUGGGCCACCUGUAACAACACAUGGAAUACAGAUUCUUGUGUGGUAUUGAACAACUAUAAUGCCACUCCUAACUGGACUUCGCCUGUGAAUGCAUCAUCCUCUGUAACAGAGUUUUGGCAACGACGGGUGCUAAACAUGUCCACUGGCAUAGAGACCUUGGGAAACAUACAGUCGGACCUUUCUUUGUACCUUCUUCUGGGAUGGAUCAUCUGCUACUUCUGUGUCUGGAAGGGAGUGAGAUCCACAGGAAAGGCUGUCUACUUCACAGCCACAUUCCCGUUCGUCAUGCUGGUGGUGCUGUUUCUCAGAGGCAUGACCCUUCCUGGAGCGUUUCAUGGUAUCAAGUACUACUUGUACCCCAAUCCUGCACGGCUCGCCGACCCACAGGUUUGGAUGGACGCUGGAACCCAAAUAUUUUAUUCCUAUGCCAUAUGUUUGGGAUGCCUGACAACACUUGGGAGCUACAACAAGUACAACAACAACUGUUACAAAGAUUCCUUUUAUCUUUGCCUGUUGAACAGCGGGACCAGCUUUAUAUCUGGCUUUGCUAUUUUCUCCAUUCUGGGCUACAUGUCACAAAAACAGGGUGUCAACAUCUCUUCAGUUGCUGAGUCAGGUCCUGGCCUUGUGUUUAUAGUCUACCCACAAGCUGUGACCCUUAUGCCGUGGCCUCAGGUCUGGUCCGCAUGCUUCUUUGCCAUGAUCAUCUUGUUGGGUAUAGAUGGACAGUUUGUUGGGCUUGAAAGCAUCAUGACGUCUUUGACGGACAUCUUCCCUUCCCAAAUCCGAAAAGGAUAUCGCAGAGAGCUUGUCUUGUUGCUAAUGUGUGUUCUUUGUUAUGCGUUUGGCCUACUUCUGGUGACACAGGCUGGCACAUACAUUCUGCAGAUCUUUGAUCAUUAUGUAUGCAGCGGUCCCACACUUCUUCUGCUGGCAAUCCUCCAGUCUGUGGUUAUUGGAUGGAUUUAUGGUGCUGAACGCUUCUCUGACAACAUUGAAGACAUGAUUGGCUACAAACCUCUAUCACUGAUCAAGUACUGCUGGAUGUACGGCACGCCUCUUGUUUGCAGUGGCACACUUGUGUUUCUGCUCCUGAGAUACAGCCCCCUGAGGUUCAACAACUCCUAUGUGUACCCUUGGUGGGCGUACUGGAUCGGCUGGUUUCUGACCUCAUCGUCUCUUUCAAUGGUUCCCGUGACGAUGAUCUGCAAACUGGCCAAAGGAAAAGGGACUCUCUGGCAGCGUCUCAAGGCAAGCUCCCAGCCUGCACAUGACCUUCCAGUGAUGACAAAGGAAAUUGCAAACAUCAAUGCGUCGCUGCAUGGACAAAAAUGCGAUGUGUGAUGAAAAAAUCUUGUUUUCCUUAUAUAUAUACAGAGAGAGAGAGAACAAGAAAGAGUAAACAAUUUUCUCUAAAUAUUUUUUUUAAGUAAAAAAUGUGGCGGUUAGUAUUCCUUUAUUAUUGAUUAAUUCGUUUUAAGGUUUGGUGACCUAAUCUGAAUGCAGAUUAUUAAAUGUUUAAUAUAGGAGGGUUUUUUAAAUGGUUAAAUUAUGUUUGUUACAGAAUCUUUUAUGUUUUAUAUGUCGGGCAUUACUGUAGCUUCAGAUUAAGGACUGCUCACAUGUUAUCGAAUGAACCUGCUGAACUUUGAAUUGGUGUGAAAUAUACAAUCAAUCACUGUGAGCACAAGUACAGACAGUACAACAGGGUUUGAAAGUAAGAAAGCCGUUACUCUCGUGUGGAAUAAUAAGCCUGUGCUGAGAGCUAGCUUAUGAGCCAGCUGUCUGCUAGUUAUUUUGUUAAUUCCAUCCUUCUUCUCUUCAAACACAGCAAACAGCUCAAUGUCCGUUCUGCUCCUAUUAUAUUUCUAUCAAACAACCCAACAGCUGUCACACAUUUCUUAUUCUGUUUCCUAUAUUUAUGAGGUGGUACUGCACAUUAAAAUAUGUUUUAUUUUUAGCUGUAAACUUCAUGAAAUACAUCAUUGCUGGUGUCAACACUGACAUUUCUUACUAAAUGUAUAAAAAUUUGAAUUUUAUGGUUGUAAAAAACAUUCAACAUCAACUGUUUUAAAUCAUCACUAAACCUUUCAAACUACAGGAGCAUCUCAAUAAAUUAGAAUAUCAUAGAAAUUUUUUUUAUGUCAGUAAUUCAAUUAAUAAAAUAGAAAUAACACAUUAUACAGAUACAUUACACACAGAAUGAAACAUUUCAUGUCUUAUUUUUUUAAUUAUAAUGAUUAUGGCUUACAUUUAAUGAAGAUCUAAAAUUCAGUGUCUCAAAAAAUGUAAUAUUACAAAAAAAACAAUCAUAAAAAGUAUGUUUAAUAUGGAAAUGUUGGCCUCUGAAAAGUAUGUCCAUCUAUGUGCACUCAAUACUUGGUUGGGGCUAUUUGAGUUGAACUACUGGAAA